UACAGAGUCACCACUAUUUAACCUUCACUUAAUGUAUUGCAGUUUUGGACAUUGUUUUUGGUAAAUAAACAAAAAAUCACAUUAUAACAUCAAGUCGUCUUAACAGCAUCCCUUCACAGACUAAAACGUUUGACUGUCAUAGUUUUAAUAACGUUUUUGUUCGCGGUUCUAUGGAAGUUUUUCAAGAACAACCUGUACAAAAGUAUAAAAUGAGUAACAUAAUCCAUAUUUGUUUUGUUAUACUGUAAUGCAGCUGACAGGAAACAAUCACGUCGGAAAACACCUGAAAUAACAUGAUUGAAAUUACGCUGUAUGAAAAAUCGUAUAAAACCCAUAGUCUCUGCACUAGACAUCAAUUUUAGUUUUUCGUACUGUCAGCAGUAAAUAGUACUGUUACAAACAAACAAAAUGACGGUUAAAAUUUCAGUUUUUGCUGUCGUUCUGAUAGCAAGUUAUGUCAGUGCUUUAGAUUACCAGCAACCGGCAUCCACAUUAUCGGUGACAAUGCCGUUUAUGCCUUACUUCCCAAAAGAUGGGCCAGUCUACACUGCAUUCAAGAGAGGUUUAUACACUCUAGCCCAAGCUUCAGGAAACAUGUGUUUUUCCGCUCAAAAUGUAUAUGACUACUACAAGAUGUACAAAAGCCAGCCAAGCCUCAACCUAGAAUUAAACGAAAGUAAAGUCAGAUUCGAGAGUGCUAUACAAUACUUUGAAGAAAAAUUGAGUGAAUACCGCCAAGUGUUAAUGAAUUUUAAACUAUUAGUAGGGUGUACUACAAGAAAUAAUAUACCCAUGUCAUUGAAUGACGACAUUGGAGUCUCUCCUAAUGUAUUGUAAUUUUUAAAUAUUACAUAAUUUAAGAAAUUUAUUAAUAAAUUCGUUUACUGAAUUUUGUGAAACGUAAAAACUUGUAUUUUAUUUUUAAAAUAAAAUAAAAUAAAAUUUUUUACAUUUCAAAUCUUUUACUAUUAUCAAUAUGUAUAACAUACUAUAGAAAUAUUAACAUAUUAUUGUUGAGUAUGUAUAAAACGUAUUAAAAAUAUAUUAUUCAUAUUAAAA